AUGAAUGACGAUUUGAAUGAUAGCUUUUAUGAUUUGCUUGGAGAUCUUGAUCCAUUUGGGAACAGUACUAGCAACGACACAUCACAAAAUACGCCCAGUAACUUUGACCCUCUCGCCGGACGUGGAAAUAAGCGUAGCAGCGGUGACGGUGACGAAGAUGAAGAAGCACCAAUUCGUGCCAAGAGACAAUACAAGAAACUUGAUGCUGACCUUAUGCUAUCUGAUAAGGGCCUGCCGCGUAUAAGACACGAAGCUCCUUGGCUUCAUUUCAAGGGCAGAGGUUAUGAGGAUUUGGAUCUGGCACGCUUGAUGGAAUUUUAUCAUAUAUGGGCAGAUAAUCUCUUUCCACGCCUUCCGUUUAGUGAUUUUUCACACGCUGUAUUGAAAGCAACUGCAAAUGGACGCUGUCAAACUGCUCUGGCUACUUGGCAAGAUGAAUUUGAAGCGAAACGAAAUGCAGUACAGCACAAAGAUGACGGACCGACAGACAUUGGUGAAUUGUCUGGGAUGACUGUAGAAGACGAGGAAAACGAAAGACAGACGCUAUCUUCUACAACCACCACCACCACUGCUACUGCUGCUGCUACAGCACCACGGAAUCUUAGUUCUCCGCAACGUGAAACCUCUACAGCAUCAUCCUCUUCUUCUUCUUUACAGCCUGUGAAUACAAGCACAUCCAGCAGAUCUCAUAUCAUUAAUGCGUUUGUGACUACUUCUAUCGACCAGGACGAUUCCUCGGAUGACGAAGAACCCCUUUUCCAAUUUCCCAAAGCCAGCCCUAAUAUUAUUGCUGCUGCUGUAUCAAAGAAGAAACAAGAAACUCCUAGAGUACCUAACCCUGCCAAAGCCAAUCGCGCGGCUGCACUUGCCAAGUUGGCAGCUCGCAAACGCGAACAAGAAAAGCAACGCAUGGAAUCCAUGCGAAAUAAUGAUAGUGAAGAUGAGGAUGAAGAAGAUCCUGGAGCAGAGUAUAUAAAUGAUAUGUAA